GGGGGGGGGAGAGGAGUAGGAGGGAAUCAAAUACAAACAUACAGCCGUGGAUACGGACGUUAAUACACAAACGCAACGGCACGGGGUGGGGAGAGGUGUUCGGGCGGCAGUCGGGCCGUGUCCGUGCGCGCCCGGUGCGGGAACACGGGAGAUCGCUGUGGGUUCCGCUGGGUUUUUAGCGGGAGCUGCGGGGGCGCUGGGAGGUCGGUGUUGGGAGAAGCAAGAAAUUGAGCGUCGGGCACAGAAUCGGCGUGUGGCGGGAGGAGCGGGGCAGGCUCCGGCAGAGCCCCCCGGCGCGGGCGGCGGAUCGGCUGCGGCCCCGCAAUCGGGAGCAGACACACCACACACACACCCCCCGAGUGCGGCUCCGGGGCCGCGGGGUGAGGAGCCCCUCAGGCAGUGAGAAGCGGCCCCGGUAACUCCGCCGCACCCCCGCGUCCCUCCCUGUACCGGGGACGGGCCCCUCGGCCUCCCCGCAGGAGGUCGGUGUCGGCGGGGCGGCCGGGCCGGCUCCCCCCGGGGCCGAGGGCCGGGCUGUGCCACGGAGGCCGCUCGCCACGGACCCGCAACGCCGAGGAGAACGGAGCUGGAUCCCGCGGAGCCGGCGCGGGGGAGGGAAGGGCGGUUAUCCCUGUCCUGCCCGCCCCGUCGGGAGGAACCGCACGGGCUGUUUGUGCCUCCCCAGGAGCCGGCGGGGAUGUUCGCCCGCGAUCCGCUGUGUCCGACCGACCCCCGACCCGCAGCCGUCUGAAGAUCAUGUACAAAUAAAGGUGCAGAUGCCCUUUAAAAAGAGUAAUAAUGGGACCGGGCAUUCAGAAAUAUCCCUUAUUACUGCACAGAGAGGCGCCAAAAAAGGAAAUCCAAAUCAAUGGAAACCACAAAGGAAUGGUAAAUAAUGGAAAAAGCCAUCCGAGCACCAAAGGACUAAGUAAACCAAUUUCUCAUGUGAAAUCUUCUCGUGGAGGAUUAGGCAAAAAUGUAUCAAGUGCCAUUGAAAAGACUUCCCGGGACACUCAAGAUGGUAACCAACCAAGUAUUCUUAAGAAGGGAAGAAACCAGCUGGAUGACAAUACUCAGUCAAAAAGGAUCACAAGUGUUUGCACACCACUGCACAGAGCACAAGGACCAAAGAGGAGCCUCCCAGAAAGAAGGCAAAAUGAAUCUUUUCUGCACAGGAUCCCUCUGAGCACAAAGGGCAGCACACAGGGGCACUUCUGCAGGGGUGCAGAUGGGCCAAGGCAACAUUUCUAUUGCAGCAAAAAAGAACAGUGGGAAAAGAAUGAUGAGGAACUUGUUGCUGAAGCUGGUCCAUGCUCUUCUAAAUGGCAAGAAGCAUCUGUAGAUGAAAUGUUCCUGGAUUUUGAAUCAGUGCAAAUUAUUAAAGAAGAUGCUGAAGAUGACAGUGCCAGUGAUCUCUCUGACUCAGAAAGGAUUCCCAUUCCCCCGUCUCCCUGCACACCACCAGAGCUCAUUCUCAGAGCUGAAGAAAUCGACCCGGUUUGUUUGGAACACGUUCCCGAUACGGGAUUUAAAGAAUCAGAGUAUUACUACCCAGACUUCCUCCCGCCCCCUUUCAACUCCUGGGACUUGAAGCAGCUGUCCAUCUUUGUUAAUGUGGAGGGUAAAACUGACUUCCGGCCAAAGCCAACAGGAUUUCUUGAGAAGUACAUCGACCGCCUCGUGCAGCUGGAGUGGCUGCAGAUGCAGACUGUGCAGAGUGAGAAGGGCAGGGUGGGCAGAGCCCGGCCCCAGACUGCGCCCGGGCCCCCCCGCACCCUGAAAAGCCCUGGCAAAGCCAAGGCCCUGCUCAGCCCGUUGCCCAACAAGCAAGUGGUUCCCCAGGACGGGGUUCCAAAGCAGCCCAGACGCUGGUUGGGUCCCAGGGGAGAUCCAUACUGUGAAGAAAGUCGCCAGCUGUCCUCUCAGCCAGGCCACUCGAGACUUCCUGAGAGAACAGGACGCACAGUGUCUUCUCAGAGACAAUCUGGUGAAGUGAGGAGUGAACUGAAAAGAACCCCAGGUGCAAGGCAGCAGCUCCUCGGCGUGCAGCCCCCCGAGAGCAGCUCUAAAAUCCAGAGUGUUGGGAACAUCAGACCCCCCAAGCAACCCCCGGUAUUUCAUGGCUCGGCCGCUCCCGUCAAAGGCUUAAAAACACACCCGUGUACAAACGCAAAGAAAAAUGGCAAUGCCAACAAUUAUGUAACUUCUAAAAAGCCAACAGGGGACAGGAAAAUAAAACCAAAUGGCACGAAGCAAACACCCCGCAAAUUUAAAUGAGGAAAAAUUAGUUAGGUAAUGUUGAUGCUUCUUGACUGCAAGAGAGCGUUUGGCCAACGCAGAAGGGUCACGUUUUCUUCUUAGGAAGUUGUGAGAGAGCGCGUUCUCGCUGCACGGCUGGCAGUCAGCGCUGCUCAUCCCAAUGCACUGCUCAUCCCAAUGCAUCCCAUCCAAACCAGCAAAGCCCGCAGGAGAGCUUUCCCCUGAAGGCAAGUGUCUUCCAUUGGUCUUCCCUCAACAACAUCUACAGUUGCUCAAUGAAGAUAACACUAGCAGAGUACGGAAGUUUAGAGAAGGAUAUAACUAUAACGUGUCCUCCUACUUGCAGCAGUUGAAGUCCACUGAAGCCCGUGGUGUGUUUGAGGGAACAGGAUCCACGCUCUCUCUCUUGAGGGGAUGUGCCCUGUGGUGAGGCAGGGGUGAUGGUGGGGUUUGUCGUGGAAAAGGGCUCAACUGUUCUUGGGAAAGAAUGGCGCGUGCUUAUCUAUGCAAAGGCAAACUCUGAUUCUUCACAGAUGAUGAUGAAUUGGAUUUUUUUGAUGAAUUAGAUUUUAUAAGAAGAAUGGAGAUAAUGCUUUGAAAUAUUUUAAUGCGGAAAAGAUUCUUUUUAAGGCAAAAAAAAUGUUAGGGAGCAGACAGCUUCAAUAGUGAGAGAUUAAGAAAAUGGAAUGUGUAUUUUUAUACCCGCUUUCCUGGAAAUUCAUUUUGUAAUCCUUGAUGCUUUUUGUCAUGUAGAGGAAAUGACCAAAUUUCAAAUUGCACAUGGAUAUUUAUGACUAAUGCAAAACGAGGGCAUUGCUAGAGACUCUGCGGCCUGAUCUGCAGAACUGGUAGCUGCUCAAAACAUAAAAAAUAGACUCUUAGGGAAAUGUAAAGGCUAUUUUAAGUUCAAGGAAAGAUAUAUUUUGAUACAAAAGAUCUGUAUUUUCAGUCACCCGAGAUGACUAUUAUUUAUCCCGUGGCCCAGUCAGCCUCAGUUGGCUUGGCCUCUUGUUUCAGGGGUUAGUGAAGUGAUGGGAGAAACACCCUGCAGAGAGGAAUUGUCCCACCAGGGUGGGGUCCUGUCCUUGGCCCCUCGGCUUUCUCUGGUGUCUGUGAGAUGCAGGAGAAUACCAAGUGUAGCUCAGUGAGUGUUCAAGGGUCAGUUCAUCUGUUCCAGCUUCCCAUCAAUCACAGCCGCUGGGACACGGUCUUGUUAAAGAUGAAAUUCCAGAGGGGACUUUGUACUUUCAUUUUAGAAUGAAAUAUGGAGCAGCCUUGAGUUCAUCUGCAGCCACCGGUGGCGGUGAGUGGUUUGUGAGAAGUGACCUGAGGUCUGACAGGCCACAUCUUACACAGGGAUCCUUCAUGUUCUGACAGAAAAUGAAAAAGUAGCAAAUACUGAAGAGUACCUUCUGUAUAUAGUAUAUCCAUCUGCAUAUAUGUAUAUGCACUUCUCUUGUUGAGCUCAUCUUGGGUUUAAGAUGCUUGCCUGUUUCUAUUCUUUCAUUGUGCCUACCAGAUCUUCAGCUUUGUAAAAUUUCAAAGCAUGGAUUUAUACGUAGUUUAAAUUGUGAGAAUAUUAUUAUAUGUAGUAAUAAACUAGAGUAUUUUACAGUACAUGAAAACAUUGCUCAGGAAUAGUCUAAGAAAUAUUUUUAGUGUUUUUUUCCUAGUCUACUGGAGACCAAAUGUGAAAUUUUAAACCGAUAAAGGAAACAAAUGUAAUAUGCAGUAUUAUAUUUCCAUAUUCAGUAUUUGUGAGGUUACAGUUGAAGUGAGGGGUAGUUGCAUGUCCAUUUGGCUCUAUGCAAUUCCAGUGAACCGAGCGGGGGAGCGCGGAGGACGGCAUUCAGCACCAGCAGCUGCAGGGGACCAGCACCUUCCACUGCUGCCCCUUCAUCCCUUUGCUUUGUUCUAGACUCCUCAUCUAUUCCAGCAUUUUUUAGGUGAAAGGUUCUUGCAGCCAGUGCUAGAAUUUCAAACUCGGGCCAAAUUCUACAAGCCUUCAUUAGCCAAGUUUUCCUGAUAGUUAGUGGGACUGCUCUUGCCAAUAAACUCUACUUUAGUGCACGAUUUUAGCACGCUCCUUUAGUGCACUGUUACAAGCACCAAGAGCAAGGUGAGCAGGAUCAAGUCAAUAACCAGCAUAGCAGUUUUUUAAAACAAAAUUUUAAAACAAUUGUUAGAUGCAGUAAUUAAUUUAGCAUGUUGUAUAGCACUGAAUAUUAGUGUCUGCUAAAUCUCCCUCUGAAAUGCUGCUGUCUAUUGAUGCUUUUCCAGGUGACAAGGCGGGCGGGCAUGUACAUACAGACACAAUUUGCAUGAUCACUUUUUAAAGAAUUAACAAAUAGUGUUUCAGUCAGCGUUGACCAGAGCAAAGCUGGGUGGCACUGAGGAAAGCUUUUUCCUGUGGACCUAGGAAAGUUUUGUUUCGAUGUAGUGCUUGUGAUGUGCUGGACAGAAGUGUGCUGUUGGAGACCAGGAAGUUCAGCAGGUGGAGAUGGUGAAUGAUACUUAAAAUAAGCCCAAAUACUUGUUCCGCACUGAGCUCUGGCUGGGAUCUGGCCAAGGAAGUUUGUUUGAUAAUUACACAAGUCUAAUUUUUGUUCAUUGAUUUGAUGCUCCUUACACACUCCUCUUUGUGUACACACGGAAAUAGAAAUUCUGUGUUUGCCUCAACAAACAGCUCUGGCGUGAGCAGACCUGCAGGGCUGGGCUUCAGCCGCAGCUUCUGCUUCCACUUCAAGACUGUGUUCUGGGCCUAUGGAGAAAAAGAGCUCCUUUCAUGAAGAGGACCAUGGUUUGUGUUUUGUUCGUUUUGUAUUGAUGGCUGUUGUCUUUAGAAGCACUUCUGGACGUAGCAGGAGAGUUUAUUCCAUCCAAUACAUUCUGUCUGGAAUUAAAAUGCUUCCCUGGCACAGUGUUUGAGUGGCUAUUGAUGAGUUUUUCCUGAUGUUUAGCAAUUUGCUCAUAUGUUCUUGUGUGUCAACAUUGAAAAUGCUUCUUGAAGAACAAGUUUUCUGUGAAGUGAGAUAUUUAAACAUUUAUUUAUUUAAAUAUAUAUAUUUUUUCUAGAUAAUUUAAAGGUUGAAUGUUCUGCAGUACUACCUACAAAACAAAUAACUCUCAGGUUGUAUUUUAAAUAAAUGGCCAGAUUCUGCUUCAGUUAUACUGGUAUAAAUGUUGAGCAACUCUGUUUUCAGUCAAAUUCCCCUGUUAUAAAGAUGUGAAGACAGAGAAUGUUACUCCAGUAUGUAGAAACGGUUUUUUAAUGUGUCACAUGAAGAAUUUUAAAGCACUGUUUGUUUUUCUCCUGAUGUUUCUUUUUUUCUCCAGAGAGUGUUUUGACAGUUCUUUCAGUCAGUACGUGAUACCUCUUUUGGAGCUGAUAUUAUAGUUGAAAUUUCUACAGUUUGAAAUUGCCUAUAAUGUCAUAUUUUUUGCCUUACUUUAAAGGUAUUGAGCCUUUGUUGCUCCCAUUGGCAUUAGUGGGUUUUCUUCUGAAAAAGAACGAAACAGACCACUGUAUCUGGAAAGACUGGAACUCCAUUAGCUGAGAAUUUUCAGCCCAGCUUUUGAUGUUGUUAAUCAUGUGUUAUUAUUUAUUUGAACUUUUGGUGAAUAUUUUUGCUAGCAAUUCCAUUGGAAAGUGAUCUUGUAAUUCGAAGUUACUGUAUAUUUAUUAUAUUAAAGGUGAGAUACUGCCUGUUC